UAAGGUCCCACUCCAAUAGGUCCCUGUCUGUGUCGUCCUGGGCUCCCCAGCUCUGGGCGCAGUGCUCCAGCUGGCGUCCCAAGAGUGGGGCACUCCUGGACAUUCUGGCCAUGCUGCUUUCUGUGCAGCCCAGGACAUCGCUGCGGAGAGCCAGGAAGCAGCCCGGGCGGCUGUCGCCGGUCGCCAGGCCCGUUGCCCAGGUGAGGGGACAGCGGCUGACGCCGCGGGCCCGCCGCGCUCUGCGGGCGACCGAAGGCUGUCCCGUCCGGCCUCCCGUCAGCGGCGGCGCUGCCCUGGUUACGGGCCGGGCCGGGCCGGGCGCGGCGGACUCGGCGCCGGGGCCGGAGCCGGGGCCGGGGCCGAGGCCGAGGCCGGAGCUGGGGCUCUCCGCCUUCCAGCGGGAGGGAGCUCCGAGCGGGGCCGUGAGCCGUCGGCCCCCGCGGUCAGGACGCAGCCGGCGGGGGAAGGCGGCCCCGGUGGUCGGCUGCGCCGCGGGGCCGUUCGCUGCCGCAGGAUGGAGGGCGCCGGGGCCGGCUUCGCCUCUGGAGGAAGCCAACGUGAUCCUGACGUUGUCUGCGAAAAACACUUGUUUAAAGGCAAACUGCCAGAGCCGCUCUUUCAGCUGGCGUGCAGUCACCACCAUUUCGCUUUCCCUGUGAGUCUCAAUGGGUUGUGCAUCUGGAACACAGCCACUGCUCAGCCAUUAUAUUUGUCAGGGCAUCAUUACUCAAUUUCUGCAUUGUCAUUUGGAAAUAAAAUCAAUCCACUUCUUGUCUGCUCUGCCUCUCAUGAACGUGUGAUAGUGUGGAAUCUUGAUGAAUGUACGCAGAAAGUGCAAGAAGGAUUUAGACCUCAAGGAAUUGUUAUAGGAACUCUUUUGGGAAUGGUGCUUCAUGUAAGAUUUAGUCCAGAUGAUCAACAAGUGGCAGUAUGUGCUGGAAAUCAUAUCUACAUGUUAAGUGCAAAGAAUGAAGCUAAACUAGCUGAAUUGGAUGGACAUCUGUCUCCAGUGACUGCUGCUGAGUUUUGCACAUGGGAGAAAAAUAUGCUCAUAUCAGUGUCAGAAGACAGAACCUUUAAGGUGUGGGACUAUUCUACCAGCCAGUUAAUAUAUCAGUCAGGAAUAAUAACAGCAGCAUUUCCUUUGCUAAGUCUGCUAAUUGAUGAAGAAAACAAACAGAUUAUCACUGGAUGUGCGGAGGGACAGCUUUGGAUCUUCAGUUUAAUCAGUGAUCAUAAUUACCGUUGUGUAGCACAUAUCGACUUAAAGAAAGAGCAAGAGAAAUUCUGUAAUAAAGUGUGGAAAUCUGGCAAAGAGAUAGGUGAAGGGCAAAAUAAUUCCAAGCUUUGCAAAACAGACAGCAUGAGACCAGAAGGAUCAGUGGAAACAUCAUUGCCUAUCCUCUUAAUUGAGCAUUGUGACUUUUUUGUAUGUUUCCAUAAUGAAGAAAACAUAUAUUCUGCCCAGAAUACUAGCUAUUUUUGGAUAGGAACCUCUACUGGCUUGUUAAUAAUUAAUUUGGCAAACUUUGAAUUAGAAGCUGUUUUAUCUUACAGAGAUUACAGUGACCUCAGCAUUUGGAUUGCCAGAUCAUGUGCAUUAACAAGGAAGGCAGGUAAUGGAAAGGUUUUAUGCUUGAUUGCCUCGAUGUUUGAAGAUAUGAUUGCUGUGUUGGAAGUUAACCUUGCUGCAUUGGUGAGAACUCAGCACAGUGAUUUUCUCCCAUGUGGAAAUGAGAAAAGUCUAUCAGUUAUUGCCAGGUGUACUUUAUUAGCAAAUUCUCCAUUGUGUAAAUGUUUAAAGAAGAACAUGAAAGAACCUUCUAAUAAAAUACUUGCAGUAAAGAACACAGAGAAGGAUAAACCAUUGGUUUUCCAUAAUAAAAUUAAGUCAUCAGGAUAUACAGCAGCACCACGAAUGGCCAUGUUUGCUCCAAAUACUAACCUGAAAAAAAAAGAGGCAUCAAAGUGGAAGACCAGUUGCAAAUGUAAAAAUAAAGAAUAUCCUUUGGAAAGUUAUCCUCCAAUCAAAUAUGAGAAAGAGAUAUCUGUUACUUGUAAACCAACCCCAAUUUUUUGUGUUCAAUAUUCUGGGGAUGGAGAGCUGCUGGCUUGUGGCCAAGCUGACAAAACUGUGCUGAUAUUCAAUUCCAAUCUCACUGGUGUGCAUAAUGUUUUUUCAGGUCAUGAUGGUGCAGUUAACUCUGUUGGCUGGAGUCAUGACAGGAAGUGGUUAGUUUCUGCAUCAGAAGACAGAACUUUAAGGGUCUGGUCAGUCUGCAAUAAGGAACCUACCCUAAUUCUGGGUAAAGAGAAGUUCCAUAAGACUGCAUGCUUUGCCCAGUUUUAUUUUAUAGAUACAUUUAUAUUGCUGUGUUGUGGAGCUGAAUUUCAUCUAUUAAGUUUCCAUCUAGACACAACCAAGGAUGACCUAAAACGAUACAAACAAAGGAGUGUUUGCAAAUUGGUACAGAAAUUUGCCAUGACUUCAGCAAUGGAGAUUACUAGCCUUUCAGCAGUAAAUGAGUUCUAUUCUUAUAUUGUACUUACAGCUGGCAGCAACCGAGCAUUGGAAAUUUUCGACCUCAAUGCAGGCUGCAGCACAGCAGUGAUACAGGAAGCUCAUGUUAGAGCAGUCCAUCAGAUUUGCCAAAAUAAGGGAUCAUCCUUCAGCACUCAGCAACCUGAAGCUUACAACCUUUUCCUGACCACAGCUGCAGGUGAUGGCAUCAAACUGUGGGAUUUAAGAACACUGAGGUGUGAACGUCGUUUUGAAGGGCACAGUAGCCGCUGCUAUCCAUGUGGAAUUGCAGUGUCUCCUUGUGGACGCUUUAUAGCCAGUGGAUCAGAUGACAAAUACGCUUACAUAUAUGAAAUGCGUUCAAGCACUUUUUUACAAAAACUGGGGAGACACACAGAAUCUGUAAUCAAUGUCAGUUUUAAUCCCUCAUCUCCACGGGUGAAAGAUGAGGAUGUCAUGUGGGCUCUUGUCAAAGGCCUUCAAAUGAGCCCAGGUGGAUGA